GCAGUUUUCGCAGGGGGGUUUGAUAUAAAAAGGGGAUUUUUGGAGGCGGAUGAGGAGAAGACUUCCGAGAGGGGAUUUUAGAGGCAGCCGACAGAGAGCUUGGAAGGCGAGUUUGAGGCAGAGCUUGUGCGGAUUCUGUGCGAGUGACGACAGAAGCAAAGGCAGCCAUUGGGGACACUUCAAUCGAAAACAAAGGGGACAAGCGCGACAGUGAAGGCUACAGAUCUGAGUUCCACAAAUUGGGUUUUUGCUCUUCUAAACUUAUUUUUUCCUUUGUUUGGAUAUGGAAUUGUGGUUCAUCAAUUUAAUCUCAGAUUUUAUCAUGUUUAGUAUGAACUAAUUUUUCCAUCUAAGGCUACGAUGUAGCCUAAUCAAUUUAAUAUAGAAUUUCAUGAUUU